AUGGGAAACUCCGAGAGUCAGUACACCCUACAAGGACCUAAAAAUCAUAGCAAUACUAUUACUGGUGCUAAACAAAAACCUUGCUCCCUGAAAAUCCGUGGCCUUCAUGCCAAGGAUGACGAGUCGUUGCACGGAUGGGGUCAUGGAAGCAGCGGAGCGGGGUACAGGUCCAGGUCAUUGGCCCGAAGCUGCCUUUCUCGCUUUAAGAGCAAUCAGCCCUACGCAUCGCGACCAGGGGGCCCCACGUGCAAAGCCUCCAAAGGCGGUACCUACGCCAAGCAUAGGACAGGUGCCGCAGGGGCAGAUUUCCAGGGCACCGAUGCCGCUUUCUCGCCCGAGAAUGGCUUCCACUACGUCGGACGCCCGCCCGAGGAGAACCACUCGGCCUCGAGGGACUGCCGCAACGGGCACCUUCUCAACUGCUACGGCGGGAACGAGAGCAUCGCGUCCACCCCGCCGGGCGAGGACCGCAAGAGCCCCCGGGUGCUCAUCAAGACGCUGGGCAAGCUGGACGGGUGCCUGCGCGUGGAGUUCCAUAACGGCGCCGCGCCCCCGGGGGCCUCCCCAUCGGGCGGCCCGGUGCAGCUUCUGCGCUACUCAGCCGGGUCCCCGCCCAGCCCGCGCGCCUCCCCGGCCGCCGCCGCGCGCCCUCGCUCCAGCAAAGGCAGCUCGCUCAGCUCCGAGUCCUCCUGGUACGACUCGCCCUGGGGCCCGGCCGGCGAGGUCAGCGAGGCCGAGGGUUCCUUCGCGGCGCCCGACACGCCCGAGCCCGGCCUCCACUCUGGCUUCCAGACCAGGGAUGCUCCAAAGCCUUUCAGCCAAAGCGCCUCCCUCUCGUCCCUCCGGGACCCCUACCCCAACGCCUCCCUGGGGAGCCUGGCCCCCGCGGCCCUUCGACUUUCCGAUGACUACAUGGGCACCCGCGCCAGCCUCAGCGCCCGCGUCUCCUUCGCCUCCGACAUGGACGUGCCGGGCCGCGUGGAGCGCGGGGAGCCCGGGCAGUUCGCGUCCUUCACCCUCCCUUGCCGCAAGUCCAGGGCCCUGGGCGAGGAGCCCUCCAAGAAGGACACCCUGAAAGCCAGGAUGCGCCGCAUCAGCGACUGGACGGGAAGCCUCUCCAGAAAGAAAAGGAGACUCCAGGAGCCGAGGUCCAAGGAGGCCAGUGACUACUUUGACAGCCGUUCAGAUGGGCUGAACGUGGACACGCCGGGGCCCUCCCAGGGGUCUGCGUCCCUGUGGGCAGGGGGCUCCGCUCAGAUCCUGCCCCACAGAAGCGAAUCCGCUCAUGCGAUCGGCAGCGACCCGCUCCAGCAGAACAUUUACGAGAAUUUCAUGCGAGAGCUGGAGACGAGCAGGACCAACACGGAGAACCUCGAGACGUCCACGGAGACGGCCGAAUCCAGCAGCGGGUCGCUCAGCUCCUUGGAGCAACUGGACCUGCUCUUUGAGAAGGAACAAGGAGUGGUGCGCAAAGCUGGGUGGCUGUUCUUCAAACCCCUCGUCACCCUGCAGAAGGAAAGGAAGCUGGAACUGGUGGCCCGGAGGAAAUGGAAGCAGUACUGGGUGACACUUAAAGGAUGCACGCUGCUGUUUUACGAGACCUACGGGAAGAAUUCCAUGGAUCAGAGCAGCGCCCCGCGGUGUGCCCUGUUGGCAGAAGACAGCAUCGUGCAGUCUGUCCCGGAACAUCCCAAGAAGGAAAAUGUCUUCUGCCUCAGCAACUCCUUCGGGGAUGUCUACCUGUUCCAGGCCACCAGCCAGACUGACCUGGAGAACUGGGUCACCGCCAUCCACUCGGCCUGCGCAUCCCUCUUUGCAAAGAAACACGGCAAAGAGGACACAGUCCGGCUGCUGAAGAACCAGACCAGAAACCUCCUCCAGAAGAUAGACAUGGACAGCAAGAUGAAGAAGAUGGCGGAGUUACAGCUGUCCGUGGUGAGCGACCCAAAGAACAGGAAGGCCAUAGAGAACCAGAUCCAGCAAUGGGAGCAGAACCUGGAGAAGUUUCACAUGGAUCUGUUCAGGAUGCGCUGCUAUCUGGCCAGCCUGCAGGGCGGGGAGUUGCCGAACCCCAAGAGCCUCCUUGCUGCUGCCAGCCGCCCCUCCAAGCUGGCCCUGGGCCGGCUGGGCAUCUUGUCAGUUUCCUCUUUCCAUGCUCUGGUAUGUUCUAGAGAUGACUCUGCCCUUCGGAAAAGAACUCUCUCACUGACCCAGCGGGGAAGACACAAGAAGGGGUUGUUUUCUUCAUUAAAAGGCCUGGACACCCUUGCAAGAAAAGGGAAGGAGAAAAGACCGUCUAUAACUCAGGUAGAUGACCUGCUACACUUAUACGGGUCAGCAGUGGAUGGCGUUCCCCGAGAUGGCACGUGGGAGAGCCAGGUUGACGUUCACUUUCAGGAUCAUCAAGCCGUGACUGUGAUGAUCAAGCCGGAAACCAGAGUGGAAGAUAUUCUGACUCUGGCCUGCAAGCUGAGGCAGUUGGAACCCAGCCAUUAUGGCCUACAACUUCGGAAGUUAGUGGAUGAGAACGUUGAGUACUGUAUUCCUGCACCGUAUGAAUAUAUGCAGGAGCAGGUUUAUGAUGAAAUAGAAGUCUUUCCACUAAGCGUGUAUGACGUGCAGCUGACAAAGACCGGGGGUGUGUCUGACUUCGGGUUUGCAGUGACUGCGCAGGUGGACGAACAUCAGCAUCUCAGCCGCAUCUUUAUAAGCGAUGUCCUUCCCUACGGCCUGGCGUAUGGGGAAGGGCUGAGAAAGGGCAAUGAAAUCAUGACCUUAAAUGGGGAAGCUGUCUCUGAUCUUGACCUCAAGCAGAUGGAGGCUCUGUUUUCUGAGAAGAGUGUCGGGCUCACUCUGAUUGCCAGGCCCCCGGACACAAAAGCGACUCUGUGUUCUUCCUGGUCAGACAGUGACCUGUUCUCCAGGGAACAGAAGGGUCUGCUGCCCCCUCCUAACCAGUCCCAACUUCUGGAGGAAUUCCUGGAUCACUUUAAAAAGGAUACGGCAAAUGAUUUCAGCAACGUCCCUGAUGUCACAACUGGCCUGAAAAGGAGUCAGACUGAUGGCACGCUGGAUCAGGCCUCCCACAGGGAGAAGGAGCAGACAUUCAGGAGUGCCGAGCAGAUCACCGCGCUGUGUAGGAAUUUUAACGACACCCAGACCAACGGCAUGGAAGGACCGAGGGAGGGUCAGGACCCUCCUCCGAGGCCACUGGCUCGCCACCUCUCUGAUGCAGAUCGCCUCCGCAAAGUCAUCCAGGAGCUCAUGGACACAGAGAAGUCCUAUGUGAAGGAUCUGAGCUGCCUCUUCGACUUAUAUUUGGAGCCACUUCAGAGUGAGACCUUUCUUACCCAAGAUGAGAUGGAGUCACUUUUUGGAAGUUUGCCAGAGAUGCUUGAAUUUCAAAAGGUGUUUCUCGAGACCCUGGAAGAUGGGAUUUCAGCAUCGUCUGACUUUAACAUACUUGAAACCCCUUCGCAGUUCAGAAAACUGCUGUUUUCCCUCGGAGGCUCUUUCCUUUAUUAUGCGGACCACUUUAAACUGUACAGCGGAUUCUGUGCUAAUCAUAUUAAAGUACAGAAGGUUCUAGAGCGAGCUAAAACUGAUAAGGCCUUUAAGGCUUUUCUGGACGCCCGGAACCCCACCAAGCAGCACUCCUCCACGCUGGAGUCUUACCUCAUCAAGCCAGUUCAGAGGGUGCUCAAGUACCCGCUGCUGCUCAAGGAGCUGGUGUCGCUGACGGACCACGAGAGCGAGGAGCACUAUCACCUGACGGAAGCACUAAAGGCAAUGGAAAAAGUAGCCAGCCACAUCAAUGAGAUGCAGAAGAUAUAUGAAGAUUACGGGACCGUGUUUGACCAGCUUGUAGCAGAGCAGAGUGGAACAGAGAAGGAGGUCACAGAACUUUCAAUGGGGGAGCUUCUGAUGCACUCUACAGUGUCCUGGCUGAAUCCAUUUCUGUCUCUAGGAAAAGCCAGAAAGGACCUUGAACUCACAGUAUUUGUUUUUAAGAGAGCUGUCAUAUUGGUUUAUAAAGAAAACUGCAAACUGAAAAAGAAAUUGCCCUCCAAUUCCCGGCCUGCACACAGCAAUGCUGACCUGGAUCCGUUUAAGUUUCGCUGGCUGAUCCCCAUAUCUGCGCUUCAAGUCAGACUGGGAAAUACAGCAGGGACAGAAAAUAAUUCCUUAUGGGAGCUGAUCCACACCAAGUCAGAAAUAGAAGGACGGCCAGAGACCAUCUUUCAGUUGUGCUGCAGUGACAAUGAAAGCAAAACCAACAUCGUCAAGGUGAUUCGAUCUAUUCUGAGGGAAAACUUCAGGCGUCACAUAAAGUGUGAAUUACCCCUGGAGAAAGCAUGUAAGGAUCGCCUGGUACCCCUUAAGAACCGCGUUCCUGUCUCAGCCAAAUUAGCUUCAUCCAGGUCCUUGAAAGUCCUUAAGAAUUCCUCCAGCAGCGAGUGGCCGGGGGAGCCGGGCAAGGGCAGCUCCCUGGACUCGGACGAGGGCAGCCUGAGCAGCGGCACCCAGAGCAGCGGCUGCCCCCCUGCCGGGAGCAGGCAAGACACCCAGCAGCACCCCCACGCGGGCCUGGCCGACUUCCCUGACAGUCUCAUCAAGGAGAGCGACAUUCUGAGCGACGAUGAGGACGACUACCCCCAGGCUCGGAGGCAGGGCAGCCCCACCAAAGACAUCGAGAUCCAGUUCCAGAGACUGAGGAUCUCCGAGGACCCCGAUGCUCACCCAGCUGAAGAGCCGCCCGGCAAGGGUGGGCAGCCCAAGCUGGUGCGGGGGCACUUCUGUGCCAUCAAACGCAAGGCCAACAGCACCAAGCGGGACAGGGGCACCCUGCUGAAGGCGCAGACGCGUCACCAGUCCCUGGACAGUCAUCCUGGAAACGCCAACCUUGAUCUCAGCUCUGUCCUCGAGCGAGAAUUCAGUGUCCAGAGCUUAACGUCGGUUGUCAGCGAAGAGUGCUUCUAUGAAACAGAGAGCCACGGAAAGUCCUAG